UGGCGUGGUUCCCUCUCCCCCCUCGUCCCGGUCUCCGGGCAACAGUGACGCGGGGGCGGGACCUGUGAGGAGCCGGGUCGCCAUGCUGAGCUGGGCCGCGCGCCGGGCAGAGUGUCCCUCGCGGCCGGCGGAAGAAGAGCUCGCAGCUAAAAUCCUCCAGAGAGCCUGGUGGAGUCACAUCGACAGGAGGCUGUUCAGGCUGCUAACACACACCAUCCGGGCCGCGGAGCAUUGCAUUACAUAUGAGAUUGUGAGGAGAGUGAGUCCUUUAGAAGCUGAACUUAUAAAAGAUCCUAGUAUGCAGUGUAAAGUCAGAUUCAGGUUUGCUGGUCAUGAGUUUCCACCUUUCAUUGUGUUCAAGAUUUUUCGCCAUACUGGAGGCCAAGGCAGCAAGUACAUAAGUGGAAAAAGAACAAUAAGUCCAGCAAGUGAGGCAGCAGUUGAUGCUUGCAGGUUGAUGGGACAUCGGAAAUAUUAUGAUCAAAUGAUACAGGAUGAACUUCAAUACCAAAACCACAAAAUAAUAGAUGAAACAGACGUUGCUACAGUGAAAGAUUACAUGCAAUACAUCAGUAACCUGGAUGAGACCCCAGCAUACUUUGGUGGCAGGGAUAACUGCUGGAGAAAAUUGUCUCUGGAAAACUUUCCCAGGACAAUGAUAAUGUAUGACAUAAUGGAUUAUGCACAGUCUGGGACACUGUCAAACCGACUUAAGGAGAAACUGACAUUUCUGCUCCUGAGGCCACAGAAUGAAGAGAUACGGCAUGAUCAACUCAUGACUGUUUCUCGAGUCAGGUCUCCUACACCUUGUCCUCCAACAGCCACCUCUUCAUCUAGGUCUUAUCAGCCCUCUUCACUGCCUAGACCUUCAGUACGUCGUUCUCGCCAAGCUCGACAGAAAGUAGCAAAAAUGAAAAGAGUUCAUGCACUUGAAAAAGAAAGAGAGGAACAGAAAUUGGAUGUUACAAAUAGAAGCCACUUAACUGAACAUCAAGAAACUAUGACUGCAUCAGUUGAAGACCUUGAGGAUCAUUCUGUCUUUUCUGAUGAAGAGUGGGAGCAAGAGGCAGCUAAAUUGUAUGCCUGGUCUCAGGCAUUAUCUCUUGAAGACAAUGGAGAAUCUUCACUCACACCUAAUUUCUGAAUUUUACUAAUGGUUAUUUCACAUUAGCAGUAGUGGUAAACAGAAAACAUUUUCAAGUCUUUCCUACCCUGCUGUAAAUAUGUUGCAAAUUUUGAUCAUAGAGAACAUGGGAUUACAUACAUAUAAUUGCUUUUACCUUGGCUGUAACAGAUUUAGAAUUUGAGCUACGUACAGGUUAUCUGUGAACAUUGUAUGUUUUGUGUACAAUGUAUGAUUACAGUAAUUGUUUUUGCUGUGCCAUUGUUUAUUUCAUUUUCAUUAUGGAAUGGUACUAAGUGGUGAAGAUUGCAUCCCACAAUAAGCUCAAUUUCCAGCCUCUGCUCCCUACUUCCCAAAAUGAAACCAGUCUGCCUGAAAAUUCACAUGCAGCAUUUCAUUCCAGGGUAGAAUUUUUAUGGGAAGGUUGAAAUGAAAUCCUGAAAGCAAUAUUAAAGUUAUAGGGCCAGAUACAGGGCCAUAUUAAGGUUCUUUUGUACAGCUCUGGGAGCAAAGCAACUUUAAAGCCAUCUUAAUCAAUUAUAUGGAGAUUCUACCAGCAAAGGACAAUCCCCAAAUGAUGUGGAGCCAGCAAGCCAGCUUUGUCACAGCUUGCUGGUACUCUCAUAAUGGACAUGUCCAUGCCCUUUUUCUUGAUGAAGAAAGUGAGAAAAUGUAAAGAACUAAUACUACUUGACCCAAAAACUUUAUUCCAUUUGAAACCUGGACACUUUUUAAUUAAACAAAAACUAUAUAAAAUCAAUACGCUAUUUCCAUUGCAGAACAAAAUUAUGGGCACAACUAAGGUUAGGUGAGUGAUGUAAAUUUAGUGACUUUUUUGGUAAGGUGUAGAAUUUCUGUAAAGAAAGAAGGGGUUGUUUAUUUUGAUUUUUUGAGUGCUACCUGAACUGCACUGAAAAGUACUUCCUGAAGGUUUUUUGUUGGCGAAUUUAGUUUACUUAAAUGUAUUUAGAGCUCAGUCUUGUUCCUGUUGACUUCAGUGGGUAUAGUAUUGAGCCAAUUAAGCCCAAUCCAACUCCACUGGGAAUCAACGGAGAAAUUCUCAUUCAGUUCACUGAGAGUUGAAUCUAGUUCCAUACGAUUUAAGAACAUAAGGAUUUGUUCAAUUAAAAACUGAAGUUCAGUUUCACCAGCA